CACUCUCAUUCUCUACCUCCUUUAUAACCCAUCACUCCCAUCUCACUGCUCUCACUCAUUCUCACUGUUUCCAACUGGAAUGGACAUUUGUUUUAAUGGGAACCAAACUGAGCACUUGCUGACACAACGUUAUGCUGCUUUUUUGUAAAGUUGAAUUUUAUAUGCACUUCUGGACUUUGAGUUUUGCUUUUUGGAGGAAGUCUCUAACUAUAUGUUCAGAUAAAUUGGACAUGUGGAUUAAUUAUUGUUUGUAAAGGAUGAGAUUUUCUUGCAGUUUGUAAAAGAAAUUACUGCGAGCAUGCUUUUGCAAUCAGUGACAGCACAAUUGAAGAAGCUGAUCAACAACUUCAACGGUUGAAAUUGGGAUUAAACUUCAAUUUGAUCAAGUUAUCAUCAAGAAAGAGGAAAAACUGGAUAUCACAGGACUAUGAACUGACAUGUGGGGAUCAUCCCCAGACUCUGCUCCACAAGCAUAAACGAACACAACAACAAACAAACAAACAGACGGAGCACUUCAACUGUGGAGGCGGGCAGUGUGCUCUCCACCAGACCCAGCCUGACGCACGGAGACGGACAGACAGACAGACAGUCUGAUGCCAACUGUCUUCACUGUCAAUCUCACGGCACCACUCCUCCUCCUGUUGCUAUGGGCAACCCACCCCACCAUGGCAACCAACUGGCUCUCCCUGGCGAGGCUGCCUCGCUCGAGGCCCGUGUCAGGUGCUUCUCCAUGUGCACGCCUACGGGGCCUAACCCCGGGGCAGGUGGGUGUGUGCAGGGCGCGAGGGGAGGUCAUGGAGUCCGUACGAAAGGCAGCAGAGAUGGUCAUAGAAGAGUGCCAGCACCAGUUCAGGAACCGCCGCUGGAAUUGUUCCACCACCCCACGUGGGAUCAACGUAUUCGGCAGAGUCAUGAACCAAGGUACUCGUGAGGCGGCCUUCGUGCAUGCUUUGUCUUCAGCAGCCGUGGCGGUGGCUGUGACCCGAGCCUGCACCCGUGGGGAGCUGGAGAGGUGUGGCUGUGACAGGAAGGUCAGGGGGGUCAGCCCUGAGGGUUUCCAGUGGUCAGGGUGCAGUGACAACUUGUCCUACGGUGUGGCUUUCUCUCAAACAUUUGUGGAUGAACCAGAGCGGGCCAAGGGGCUUUCAGCAGGGCGACCACUCAUGAACCUCCACAACAAUGAGGCUGGACGAAAGGCCAUCCUUCACAACAUGCAGGUGGAGUGUAAGUGUCAUGGCGUCUCUGGCUCCUGUGAGCUAAGGACCUGCUGGAAAGUGAUGCCUCCAUUCAGGCGUGUCGGCGUUGUGCUCAAGGAACGCUUUGAUGGUGCCACAGAGGUUCGCCUGACUCGUAUCGGAUCCAGGACAGCCCUGCUCCCCCGCGACCCCCAGGUCAAACCCCCUGCUGCAAGAGACCUUUUGUACCUUGCACCCUCCCCAGACUUCUGCCAUCUCGACCCUGACAACGGUAUCCCUGGAACUGCUGGAAGAAGAUGUAAUGGAACCUCUCGGCUAGCACCAGACGGCUGUGAGCUGGUGUGCUGCGGGCCCGGGUACAGAGCAGGCCGGGCUGAGGUGGUACAGCGAUGCUCCUGCAAGUUUUCCUGGUGCUGUUCAGUCCGCUGCCAGCAGUGCAAGAACACAGUCACCAUUCACACAUGCAGAGUGUAGGAGGAACCAUGAAUGCCCCGACCAGAAGAAAGACCUGAAUAAACUACUAGACUGACACUUGUAAACACAAGACAGGACAACAAUUUUGAACUUAAAACAUUUGCUCACUUCACGUUAAAUUCUGGUCCAAAUGCAGUCUUACAUUUUUUACUGAAGCUGCAAGGCUCUGGUUUGAUGAAUCUGUUGGAAAAGCUAUUAAGUUAGUAAAAAAAAAAAAGAGCAAUGAAAAGCUUCAGAAGUAAAGCAAAAACAUAAGUGGAAAUGGACAGGCAAGCAUGAACACAAAUAUACACAAUGACAGUCAACAGUUAAUCUCAAGUUGAACUGACAAAGCCUUUGAGGCUGAACUUAACCAAAACUAACAGGGACACGUCACAGCACUAUCUAUUUUAUGCAAACUAUUCCUGUUGUGUCAUAGACUAGCUGGUCAUUGAACAUGUUCUGUAUUUAUGUUUGCUUCUCGAUUCUGGUUUAUUUAUUUAAACAUCUGAGUUUCUGCCUUACUUCAGCAUCCAGCAACUUCUUAAAUAGCAAAAAUAACUUUUACUUACGUCAGUGUCUUGUGUUUUGUCACUCCUCUUUAUGAAAGUCUUCUGUCUGUUACUGCUCAAGAGGUGUUGUUAUUUCUUUUUCAAGAAAUCUAAUAAAUACGGUAGUUUUAUCCAAAA